CGUUGUUGCUGAUGGCAACACGGUGUUAGCAACAAUCAGCGUGUUAGCUUAACGGUUAAUCAGUGCAGUGGGGUUUCAUGGUUUAGCUUGUGCUAACUUACAUAUUCAUACAACAUUCCGAUGUGAUUUGUAUACAUUGAGUUCUGGGAGACUCGACUUCAACUACAUCUGCACUAAUAUUAGCUUACAAUGCAGAUUCAUUUCAGGGUUUUCUGCCCUCGGUUCAGUCAGGUUUGCUCCACUGCUGCAAGAGCUGGCUGAGAUGAAGCACCAUGAAAACCAGAUAUAGUGCAGCUUGGACUGAAUCCCAUUCCUUGAAUACUAUACAAAUGGGGACCUAAAAACCACUGAACUGAAAUUUACAUUCUCUUACUGAGACAAACUGGAAAGUAAACACUGGUUGCCAUGCGUAUCAGUUUUUGCCAGGGUUUGUUAACCGGAGCCAUCAUCCUCAACCUCCUCAUUCUCUACUAUGUGUCCCGGGCCCAGCAGCAGAUGAUGGAGAAGAGGAAGGAACUUGGCAGGGGCACCAGGAGGGCUUCCCUACCGGCCUCCGGUCUUGGGGGAGGCCUAGGGGGACUCAUUGGGCCUGGAGGCGAGCCUGGAGUGGUCGGGGUGGAGGGACACAGUCGUGGCCCACGUGUGACUUUGCUUCUCAGGGAGUUUGAAAACUUUGAGAAUUAUGUUGGAGAUGUGGCUAACUCCUUCCUCAGACAGAGACCUGAGCUUCCUUUCCUGGCUGUAGCUGACACGUCUCCUUACCCACCCCUGGUGCUUCCAGAUGGGGCUCGGCUUUUGGUGCUCUCCCCAAGCCCGGACCAGCCGCCUCAAGCUCACAGGCCGGAGUUUCACGUCCAGACAGAGUUUGUGCUGCUUGUGCCUGAUGGAGUGGAGUUGGAGCAACCCCGGGCUAUUGAGAGGCUGAUCAGAGAGCUGGAAGGUGAGGGUGGGGGGCCUGUGAGGCUGGUAGCUGCACCCGUGCUGGCUCGGUCUGCUGUGCAGUGUCUCCACCUGCGGGUCAACCUCAGAGAGUGGACAGCUACCUACUCACCGGCUGCGUCUGGGAGCAGCGGGAGUGUGUGCACGGCUUUACAAGGAGAUGCAGUGGUCCUCAUCCGCACAGAGGAUCUUUUUAACCUCUCUGUACCUCUGGGCCGACCCCUUUUCUCUUCACUCUUCGUCCAGACUGCCCUGAGAGGCUGGAAGGUCAAGCUGCUGGAGAGCCCCUGUUUCUCCGCAAACCAUCGGCCCCUCUUCAGCUCAGCUCACAACCAGUGGAAAGCUGACACUCGACUGAAGGAGGCCACUGGGAAGCUCAUGAGGAGCUUUGGCCUGAAGCGUCUUCUGCUUCCUGAAGGGAAGGAGCAGUGGUAUGGCUGCAGUAAGGAGACACCUCGCUGCUUUGGCACUGUGCAGGAUGACACCCCAGACUACCUCUAUCUGGAUCGCUGGACACCACCCUGUUGUCUGCGAGCACUAAGAGAAACUACCAAGUAUGUCAUCAAUAUCCUGGAAAGCUCUGGUGUGCGCUACUGGCUAGAGGGGGGAACUCUGCUGGGUGCUGUCCGCCAUCAGGACAUCAUCCCCUGGGACUAUGAUGUGGACCUGGGUAUCUACCUGGAGGAUGUACCCAACUGUGAUCACCUGAAGAACCUGGACUCAGGCUCUCUGGUGGAUGCUAACGGCUAUGUCUGGGAACGUGCAGUGGAAGGAGACUUCUACAGAGUCCAAUACAGCGAGGCCAACCACCUGCACGUUGACCUGUGGCCGUUCUACCCACGUAAUGGCAUCAUGACCAAGGACACAUGGACAGAGCACAAACAAGAUGUGGAGUUCCCAGAACACUUCCUGCAGCCACUUGUGCCCAUGACCUUUGCCGGCAUCACUGCCUACGGCCCCAAUAACCACCGCGCCUUCUUGGAGCUCAAGUUUGGAGAGGGGGUCAUUGAGAACCCCCAAUACCCCAACCCGGCCAAGAAAAGACUGGACAGAAGCAAAUUAUAAGAGGAUAAAGAAUGACUCUCAAGCCCUUUUUUUCUGUUGAAUUGUAUUUGUUUACUGAACAAUAUUGAAAAUCUGUUUAAAUAGCCGAAAAGAUGACACCUGGAAACUGAUAUGGUGCCAAAAUGACUGCAUUUGCUGUUAGGUUUACCACAACUAUAUGAGCAGACAGCAGUAUAAUUACAUGCCUGGUUGCACUUUUCUCUAUUAUCAGUAUUUGGGGAUGAAGUCUUAACAUCAGACUGACUUGCUACUAAUUCUUUGAGUGGUGAGAUUUUGUUUGCAGUGGGCAUUAAAAUAAACUUAAAUCAAAGCACUAGUGCUGUGACAUCAGGCAUACUUCUUGGGUUCACUACAUGGUGUACUAAAUCUGUAUGUGUUGUACAAUACAGUAUAAAUAUGACUGUUGUAAAGAUGAUAAAUACUUUUAAAUCAUAUUUAUAUUGGUUUCUUGUUGAAAGCUACAGUGUACAUUAUCUUAAGCAGGAUUUAAGAUAUUGUACCAAAUUAUACAUGUUAAAAAAGCGGUUUUGCCUUUACAGGUUUUUUGUGGAUUUUUUUUGACUCUGUUGCCUUGUUUUGCACUAAUUAUUUGAAUUUCCAGAUUUGCACAGUUUAUGAACGAAUGUUACUGUAUAUCAGUGCCAUUUGGUACCCAACAGCUGUAGUGUGGUGAGUACAUUUUCAUGUGGUGAAAUGAGAAACACAUUGUCAUUGAUGCUGUUAUUGUUGGCUGUUGGAGAAGAGGAAAAGUUGCUAUAUAAGGCCUUAGUACUCAACUAAAAUGUUCCCUGAAUUUGUUCAUGAAUAAUAACCUUUAGCUCAAUUAUGUGUGUUACUACUGAGCGAGCACCCAUCAUGUAUUGACUGAAAUGGAAAUUUCAAUAUCAAUGAUUCAAAGAAAACAUUUUAAAAGAGAUGUUACAAAAAAACAAAAACACCAGCUCCUCUGGGUACGACAUGUUUCCUGUAGUGUUGUUACUUAUGUGUGAUGUGUCAAGAAGUCACGCCAUUUCAUGAAAUGGUAAAAUAAAGGACUUGUAACAGUU